UUAUUUUUUUGUUUCUUUCUUCAAUGUGUCCCCUUUACCUAGACAUAACCCCACGUAAACUACUUUACUAAAACAUCUCCCUUGUUUCUCUUCACUUCUUCAAAACAAAACAAAGAUAAAAAUAAAAUAAAAACUCUCUCCGAGAUUUGGAAGAAGAAAAAAAAUGAACCAAGGAAGAGGCAAUGUGCCCCACGUAGUUGUGGUCACAUAUCCAGCUCAAGGUCACAUAAACCCACUUCUCCAAUUUGCUAAAAUCUUAGCUUCCAAAGGCCUAAAGGCCACUCUAGCAACCACCCAUUACACUCUCAAAUCCAUAACCACCAACACCACCACCACUACCACAGCGGUUGGAUUUGAACCCAUAUCGGACGGCUAUGAUGGUGGCGGAUUCGAGCUAGCUUCGAGCUUAGAAGCCUACUUGGAGUCAUUUAGAGCCAUGGGGUCAAAGACUCUAACAGAGCUUAUUAUGAAGUUUAGUGAGACAGAUUGUCCUGUGACUUGUGUCGUUUAUGACUGUAUGCUUACUUGGGUGAUUGAUGUGGUUAGACAGUUCGGUAUUGUUGGUGUCGUUUUCAUGACAAACUCAGCUUCUGUGUGUUCCUUGUAUUGUCGUUUAAAUCGUGGGGAAUUGUCGUUUCCUGUUGAGAAGGGAAAAGUAAUUUCUACUAUCAAAAUGUCUGGACUUCCUCCACUUGGGUUUUCUGAGAUGCCCAGUUUUCUAGCUCAGCCUGGCGAUCUAUCUCCUUAUUUGGCUCUCAUAAUGGAAAUGUUUCAGUUAUUAGAUGGUAUUGAUUGGGCGUUUUGUAAUAGUUUCCAAGAGCUAGAAACUGAGCUGAUGGAAGCCAUGGUAGGACUUUGGCCCUUAAAAAUGGUUGGUCCAAUGGUGCCAUCAGCCUAUCUAGACCAACAAAUCAAAGGAGACACAAGCUACGGAGCCAGUCUAUGGAAACCAACAAGCUACAAGUGCUUAAGAUGGCUUGACACGAAACCACAACACGCGGUCAUAUACGUGUCGUUUGGAAGCAUGGCAAGCCUUUCAGCAAAACAAGUUGAAGAGAUUGCAUGGGGCUUGAAAUCGAUCCAGAGGCCAUUCCUGUGGGUUUUAAAAGAGCCUGAGAAGAAACUCCCUAAAGAGUUCCUAAGUUCAAUAGGUGAAGGUGAAACUGAAGCGGGAAUAGUUGUAACAUGGUGUGACCAACUAGAGGUGUUAGCUCACCAGGCCGUCGGUUGCUUCUUGACACAUUGUGGAUGGAACUCGACAUUGGAAGGACUGAGCCUCGCUGUGCCUAUGGUCGGGGUGCCACAGUGGAGCGACCAGCCGAUGAAUGCAAAGUUUGUGGAGGAGGUGUGGGGGGUCGGAGUGUGGGCCAAGAGAAAUGAUGAAGGGAUUGUGAUGAGAGGAGAGAUAGAGAGAAGUGUGAGAGAAGUGAUGGGAGGAGAGAAGAGCGGAGAGAUCAAAAGGAAUGCCUUGAAAUGGAGAGAGGCUGCUGUGAAGGCUAUUAGCACCGGUGGAACCUCAUAUAAAAACAUUGAUGGUUUAGUCGAAUUUCUAAAAGCGGAGAAGAAUAGAGGUUGAGACUUUUGGUGGACAUAAUCUUCAAGAAAUUUGAAUAGAACUGUGAUUGUGAUAGUAUGAAUUUGUUAGUGUUAUACUUCUCUGGGAAAGUAUUUUAUUUGAAAGAAAUCAUGAGAUUUAUUCAAUGUGUAUUCAUAAGCUUAGAAUUGCAUUUACAUUUCUAUAACCAGAUGUGUAUUGUAGAGAAACUACAAGCCUGAAAAUCAAGAGAGAAAAAUCCAUGCCUUUUUCUAUGGUAUAAGCUCA